GGCCUGGAUGAUGAGGAGAAGAUGAAAGAGUACCUGCUGGAGCUGGGUGCCCGGCAUGUGGCGUACAAUGUCACAACCGAACAGAUGCGGAUGUUCACUGAACCCUUUAUUUACGCGUGCCGUCACUUUCUUGAAAAUGAAUGGAAUGUGGCGAUGGAGUCCCGCUUCAUGUGGGCGUGGGAAUUCAUGUUGAAAUGGCUUUCAUCUGGAAUGGAAGGGAAUCUCAAGAGUAUGGAGAACACGCGAGCCCCCAACGGCGCGGAACCUUUUUGUCUGCUUUUUGUCGACAUUGAGGGAAGCACGCAGCUGUGGGCGAGAGAUGCACAGUUGAUGGAACUGGCAGUCAAAAAAUACCAUCGCAUUCUGCGUUCUAUCAUUGCUCUUUACAACGCAUACGAGGUGAAGACAAUUGGCGAUUGUCUUAUGAUUGCGUGUCAGGACGUAUAUGUGGGUCUUCAGAUAGCCCUCUCGGCUCAGAUGGAGCUAAUGCGCGCAGCCCCCAUAACGCCUGGGUUCAAAAUGCUUGAGCAAACAGAGGGUGGCGGUGAUCCUUCCUGUUGGCGUAACGACACCGUUCGUGUGCGUGUGGCUGUGCAGCACUGCACCGAUGCUGUCGCUGCCUACGAUACAGUUCACCAGCGGUAUGAUUACUACGGUCCCUCGGUGAACUGUUGUUCCCGUAUUGAGAGUAUUGGAUGUGGUGGACAAAUACUGAUGUCGAAGGAGUCACUUGAUGUUCUCAAGGCGAUGUCGGCGUUUCACGACAAUCCCUGUCCUGUUGAUCUUCGACAGAUAAAGAUUGAGACCACCUUGGAGGACUCGAAAGGUCUUGAUGAGUUUAUCACUGUGAAGGAUGUGGGCCCCACGGUGUUAAAGGAUAUUUCCCAACCCGUACAUUUGGUGAGCAUCACACCCAAGUGCCUGAGCGGAAGGAAGUUUUUUAAUAAAAGACGAAAGUAA